UAGCUACUUCCUUUGUCUUUCUCUUCAUCCAUAUGAUCAUUACAUUCCCCACUCCUUAAUUAGCUGUACACCUUUCCUCACUCUAUACUUUCCCCUUCUUAUAAAUACUCCGCUCCCUUCUCCUUCUCAUCCAUAACAUUCAACCAUCAAACCUUCUUCCUACUUUACUCUAAAUCACCCUUUACACAUAUUUCGUAUAAAUAAUCAAUAGUCAAUAUUUAAUUUUUAAUAUUUUAUUUAUAUCGACCAAAUAAAAAAACCAACAGUUAAUAUCAACAAGCAUUUGCCAAAUACUCUACUCAGUAUUAAAAUUAAAAUUAAAAAAUAUAAAUUUUUUAUUUAUAUUUAUAUUUUAUUAUUUUAUUAUAAGAAAAUAAAAUUAUCAAAAAAGAAAUGGCUAAGUUUGAUUCUCAUUUCAUAACGUUAGUCUCUUUUCUUUUAAUAAUUUUCUACAUAGGAUUACCAUGUUCGGCUACGGCACCGCGCAAGCUAGCUCUUGUACAACCGCAACCUUUAGUUCUUAAAUACCACAAUGGUCCACUUCUUAAAGGUAAUCUUACCGUUAAUCUUAUUUGGUAUGGAAAAUUCUCCUCAAUCCAACGGUCCAUAAUCAUUGACUUCAUCCAAUCUCUAUCAUCUAAAUCACGUACUUCACAUCCGUCUGUUUCAUCAUGGUGGGAAAUCACUGGAAGGUACAAAGGAGGACCCUGCACCAUCACCUUAGGGAAACAAAUCUUUGACCAAAGUUAUUCUCUAGGAAAAGUCUUAACCCCAUCUCAACUCGUCGUUUUGUCUUCUAAACUUCCUCAUAGAAAUGCAAUAAACGUCGUUUUGACAUCAGCUGAUGUGGCACCCGAUAGCUUUUGUAUGAGCUCGUGCGGGGCACAUGGGUCGGAUUUAGCAGGAAAACAUAAAAAGAUCCGUUUUGCUUAUGCUUGGGUGGGUAACCCAGAAAAACAAUGUCCGGGUCAAUGUGCUUGGCCCUUUCACCAGCCCAUAUACGGCCCACAAAGCCCGCCGCUUAUAGCCCCAAAUGGAGAUGUCGGAGUUGAUGGGAUGAUUAUGAAUUUGGCAACGGUUCUUGCUGGAGCGGUUACCAACCCGUUUGAUAAUGGGUAUUUUCAGGGUCCGGUUGAUGGUGGGUUGGAAGCUGUUUCUGCUUGUACGGGGAUGUUCGGGUCGGGUUCGUACCCAGGGUACCCGGGUAAAUUGCUAGUGGAUCGGGAUUCGGGAGCAAGUUUUAAUGCGUAUGGGAUACGUGGAAGGAAAUAUUUGCUUCCUGCUAUGUGGGACCCAAAAACAUCGGCUUGUAAAACUCUAGUCUGAGGCGCUUUGUCGAGGACUUUGGGUACAUUUAAUUUAGUAACAAGAAAUUAAAAUUGUAUAAAUACAUGUACAAUAUUUUGGAUUGUUAAUUACUGUAUUAUGUACUAUUAUCUUAUGUUUUCAUUUGAUUACUUUAUUAAUUAUUAAUUACAGUAAUUUGAAGAAAUAUUUUUGUUAUAUCAUAUCA